UUAAAAAGAUCGAAUUUCGAAUUUGCAGGAAAUGUAUUAGCUGAAGUAUGGUGUUCAAUGGAAAUUGAUGGCUAUAAUGUUAAUGCAAAAUAUACAGAAUGCUGUCGUCCAAGAAGUGAACUAGUUAGAUUACUAGACAAUAGGUUUCUUCCACCACCUGUAAAAGUAAAACAAACAGUUGAUGACUUGGUUUUGGAUGAAGGGGGGCAAUUUCUUAAUCUUCCAGUCAAUUUAGCUUUACGCUUAAUUUCUUCACUCAAAGAUUGCCUGCAAAUGCCCUACGAUUAUUUUUGUCCGACGGUAAAGUUGAGGCUAUCUAGUCAAACAUGCAAAACGUGUGGUUUUUAUCAUGCUUCCGUCAAGUCACCAAAUCGUUACAUCGAAAAUAUCCAUAAAAAGGAAACACGCACACUGAUAGGAAAGUUAGACCUGUAAGAGUCGCUGCUCGUCGUGCUAAUGAACCGAUGUGCAUUAUUCACCAU